AUGACCGUCCCCAACAUUGGGGACAUCUUGGUGCUGUCGCAGAAGGCUUGGAAGAUUGGACGCACUUUUUCUGCUUGCCAAAAGAAUGCACCAGUGGAGCUUCAAUAUGUUGAGACGGAAAUUGGCAGCCUCGCAAAAUCACUGGCAUCGUUGGCAGAGACGCUGCACGCGGAGUCCGUGCGGCAGUUGUUACAGGACGCUGACCAGGAAAUAAAAGAUGGCGUUGACACCAUCAUAAGGUCUUGUCAACGGACAGUAGAUGAUCUUGACUCGCUGAUCGACCAAUACCAAGUCAUCAAGAAGCACCGCACAGUUGGAGGGUUCGCAAUCGAGCGCUCGUGGAGCGAUCUGGUAUUAUCCUCAUACAGGACGAUGAUCUGGACUCCCGAGGGCGGAAACCUCGCAGAUCUGAAAGAGAUCAAGUCUAUGGCUCGUAUGGACAGCACCGUCAUACCAAUGGCAAAGCGAAUCGAUAACAUGAACCACUUGGCUGGAAGCAUCGAUCAGCAGCUUGACGAAGUACAUCGUAUGGUAGAGGACCUAAUGAUUGCACCAGAAACUUCACAUGUGCCACCCGUACCAGCAAAGAACCCUGCGCGUUCACCGACCACCGAAAACGCCGACCCAUUGAGCCAGAUGUAUCAUGCUUUAUCUCCCCCAGAAUCUCCACCCAGGUCACAAAAUAUCGAAAUAUCUUUGCCACGGAUCCCGCAGCGCCCAAAGUCCCACGAACAGUCCUCUAUAGUCAGAUUCAACGAGGAUGCUCCUGUUCCGACAUCUCCGGCGGAUGUCGUGUCCGCCUCAAGAACAUCCUCACCCACUCAAAAACUUUUCGACAUCGACCAAGAAAACAUCACCUCUUCCAAGGACACCGGAAAAAGUCGCGGUUCGCUCGUCGAAUACUCGCACCGGAUAAACCAAGACGACCCAAGAGACGUCGAAAUGAUCGAGGCUUCUGAAGAGUGCAGAAUCGCCGUAGUACGGAAACGCGUAACCGACUCUGAGACGAAGGCAGUGCGCGUCGUGACAUCCGUAUGGGCGUUUAGCGACGACAACACGACCCGCGUGGAGCUACGUAUGGAAGACGACCAGAUGUACAUACCGUACUCCAGCUACUUCAACCCCGCCAAAGCCUCCAUCACAGUCCUCUGCGAGCUCAUAUUUCACGACGUCAAGCACGGCAAUCGGCCAGUGCGUGUAGAAAAGACAAGCUGGGUCAACUACGUCUUUGACUCACCACAAGCGGCCGCACUCUUCCAAAACGAACUAAUGGGCCGCACUCUGCUCGCGACAUUCCGCACAGAAAAAACAAUGCGCAUCCACGAAGGCCUCUCCAAAUCCUUCUCCUACGCCGAGCAAAUGUGCGGCCUGGAGAACCUCCGCGUCUGGGAAGACAACGACACAGGCGCCAUCAUCGCCCUAAUUCAUUUCUCCGCCGACUUCCGAAACGGUUAUCUAGCCUUCUACCUCAACUCCUCCGUCAACCCCAUCAGAGUGAAAGACGGUGGGGACAGAGAGGUCAAGAUCAAAGGGCUGAGAGUACCGAUUGAUCGGGGUGAUCGCGCGAUGAGAAAGGACAGUUUUGCGGAAGCUGCCACUGCUUCUGUUACAGGGAAAGGUAAGGAGAAAGUGGGGGCUGGGAAGAGUGUGGACAAGGGGAAGGUUAUCAGUGGGGCGAAGAUUGAGUUUGCGACGGAGAUGGAGAAGAGGGAGUUUUUGGAGAUGUGUGUAGAGAUGCAGAGGGAGUUGAUUGAGUUGCCGGAUUUGUUGGGGGUUAAUUGA